AUGGGUGUCCAAGGCCUCUGGCAGCUCCUCCAGCCGGUGGCGCGGCCCAUCAAGCUCGAGACGCUCGAGGGAAAGCGGCUUGCAAUCGACUCGUCCAUCUGGCUCUACCACUUCCAGAUGGCCAUGCGCGACAAAGAGGGCCGCACGCUGUCCAACGCGCACAUCCUAGGCUUCCUCUGGCGCAUCCUCAAGCUACUCUUCCACGGCAUCCGCCCCGUCUUUGUCUUUGACGGCGGCGCCCCCGUCAUGAAGAGGCGCACCCUCACAAACCGCAAGGCCAGAAAGCAGGGCGCAAAGGAGUCGCACGCCCGCACCGCAGAGAAGCUCCUCGCCGCACAGCUGCGACAGGCGGCCAUCAAGCACGUCGCCGAGGGCAGAUCAGAACCGACCGACCACGGGGAAGCGGAAGCCGCCUCCGGGCUCGACGAGAACACCGUCUACUACGAUGACCUCCAACAAGGCCGGCCCUCGCCCCUGUCCCGAACAGCUCUACAAGGACAGGCCAGCCCAUCUGGGAGCCGCGCCACGUCGUCCCACGACGUCAGCCGCAAUGGCAGCCCGGAAAAGUCUGGCUCGCCCUCCAAGCCCAAGAAGCCAGACUGGCACAAGGAUCCCUACGCCCUGCCCGCCCUCGAACGCGACCUCAACACCAUGAGCGCGCAGAAUGGCAAGAAGGGAAAGCGCGCCGACUAUCGCUUCGCCACCGAGGGAGAGCUGAGGGCCGUGAUGAGCACCAUCGCGCCCGAGGACCUCGACACCGAGUCUGAGCUCUUCCGAAGUCUACCUCCGGAGCUGCAGUACGAGCUGGUCGGCGACCUGCGCGCGCAGUCGCGGAUGACGUCGUACAAGCGCCUCCAGUCGAUGCUCGCCACCGCCCCGACCCCGAUCGACUUCUCACGAGCCCAGAUCGCCGGGCUCAAGACAAGAAACGACCUCACGCAAAAGGUCCUCACGGUCACCGACGAGAUCGGGAGCGCCAACAUCAAGGUGCCGCUCCGAGUCGCCGGCGAGCGCAACAAGGAGUAUGUGCUGGUGCGGAACCCGGGCGCCGAGGGCGGCUUCGUGCUCGGGGUGCGCGACUCGGGCGCCACGGCCGAAAAGGCCAUCGACGUCGACGACGACCACGAGCCGCUCGACACGACCGACGACGAGCGCACACACAGCGACCCAGAGCUCGAGCUCGAGAUGGACGAUGUCGAGAUCCCGGCGAUGGAGGUGUCGGAUAGGUCGGCUGACAGCAUCGACCCCGAGGUCGUGGCUCUGCGCAGCGAAGCGGAUCCCGUCAGGCGCAAGGAAAAGGCGCUCGAGAUCCUGCAGAUGCGCGCACAGCAGCACGCCCGUCAGGCACGCAAGGAGGCGGGACUCGAGGUCGACGACCUCGAUGCUCGGCCCCAUGUCGCCAGAAGGGCGGGCGAGAAGCCGCUCUUCAUCCGAGACUUCGGCUCUAGCCGCACAGACGCAAUCGAUCUGGCCGCCGAAGACGGCGAGGACGAUGACGACGACGACGGAAACUUCCAUGUCGAGCAGGCGCACCAUGCGGCCUCCGAGGGCAUCGACGACCCGAUGUCGGCAGACGAGGCCGAGGACCUGUCACGGGCGCUCGAUGAGUCGGAGCGCGACCAGGCGGCCGCUCCGCGACAGCUGUAUGGCUUCGGACUCUCUAGCCGUGGAGGGGAGCCCAUAUCGCUCCACACCGCCAUGAGAGCGAGCGCCGAGCACCGUUCGCCGAGCGCCUCUUCGCCAUCGUCCCUGAUGACUUCUGCCAGGCCGGUGCCAAGGGCUGAUGUCGGCACCGAGGCUGUUCCCGCUGGUUUCGAAGAACGCAGCGACGACCUCGACCAAGACGAGGCUGAAGGCAUCGAGUUCGAGGACGUCGACGUGCCCACCGUUCCUUCCGCCGUUCAGCGGGACUACACGAGGGCUCCGCCAUCCGCUGCUGCGAUGACAAAGUCGCCCUCCCGUGCGACGGAGAGCACGGACGUCUCUGCAAAUGCUCCUUCGUCAGACGCCAAGAUGCAGGCUCCGCAGUCCGGCGCAAGCUCUGAUCGCAUGAAGGAGCUGGCUGCCCUCGUCGGCCGCAACACAUCAGGCGCGAGUUUAGGGACAUCCCCAGCACCGCCGCGCAAGAGUCUGGCCGGGUCCCUGCGCGCACUUCGGCCUGCCCCUCUCUCGGAGAAAGGUCAAAUCCCGGUCAAUGCGCCACAAGGAACCCCGAAGAAGAACGCUCCGGAGCGCAGCCAGAAGGAACCCCCGAUCAGUGGACCGGCCGCUCCGCUAGCACGACGCGAAGCGAUGCCGCCGCCGACCCGCUCGGCAUCGCAGCAGAGAUUGGAAAAGGCAGCUAGGCUCCCUGCGGCGCCGAGUCCUUCUCUCGCCACGUCCUCCGUGGCGCACAAACCUAACGUGCAGGAAAGGCCAACAUUCAGCCCGGCCGCAGCGCCCGAGAGGGCUGCGAGCGAGGAGCGGCGACGGGAGCCAUCAGCUCGACUUCCGGAGCCGCAGCCGGCAGCGACAUCCCAGCUGAGUGUCAUUGAGACACAGAGCGCGAUUGCCGCCGGGGCGGGAAUCGACGAUGAAGUAGAGGAGGCCGUCAAAGAGACUCGUAGCGAGCCGCACGCUGAGUCUGUGCAGGCGAUUGACGUCGACGCGCCCUUGUCCCCCGUCGAAGCCCAGCCAUUGCCGCCGAUGCAACGCUCCGAGACUAACAGCGAAACCAUCCAUGCCGCUGCGGAUCCAGCAUCCCCCGGAAUCGGCCGGCGCAGCACUACCACCAGGGCCGCCGACGUCGAGCCCAUCAGCAUCGGUUCUUCGCCGCCCCCGCCGCCCGCGGCAGAAGAUUUGACCUCCGCUGAUGUCGUCAAGGAUCGGGCGCGAGAGUCGCCUCAGCCAAUCGUGCUCGACAACCUGCCCGCCGUCACUACCGAGGUCGAUGCGCCCCUAGAGCCCGCGCCGGCGCCAUCGCAGCCCAGCAGCCGGGAGGGGACCCCAAUCGAAUGGUCGCCCACCCCUUCUCCCGAGCCCGUCGUUCUGGGCGCCGACGGCUUCCCUCUGCCCACGGCCGAGGAGCUGGACGCCAUGGACGCCGAGGACGAGGAAGAGAUCGCACGCCUGACGGCCGACCAGAACGAGUUUGCCGCCUUUCUCAGCGCAAGCAAGGGCCGCAGCCUCCUCGAUGUCCAGCAGGAGGUCGAAAACGAGGUCAAUGCGCUGCGUGCCGAGCACGCCAACAGCCGAAAGUCGGAGGAGGACAUCACCCGCCAGAUGGCGCAGGAGAUCCAGAUGAUGCUGCGCCUCUUUGGCCUGCCGUACAUCACGGCGCCCAUGGAGGCAGAGGCCCAGUGUGCCGAGCUCGUCAGCCGCCGGCUCGUCGACGGCAUCAUCACCGACGACAGCGACGUCUUUCUGUUCGGCGGCACGCGGAUCUACAAAAACAUGUUCAACAACAACAAGGUCGUCGAGUGCUUCCUGCUCUCGGACCUGCAGCGCGAGCUCGGCCUGGACCGCGAGAAGCUGGUGCGGCUGGCCUACUUCCUCGGCAGCGACUACACCGAGGGCCUCGCCGGCGUGGGACCGGUGCUGGCGAUGGAGCUCCUCGCCCUCUUUUCGGGCGAGGACGGCCUGCUCAAGUUCCGCGACUGGUGGUACAAGGUGCAGAUGGGCAAGGACACUCCCGAGGACACGCGCGGUAAGACGAUGCGACGGAUCAAAAAGGCGCUGCGCAACAAGGUCCACCUAGCGCCAUCGUGGCCGGAGCCCGAGGUGCUCGACGCCUACUACCAGCCCACGGUCGACGAGAGCGAUGAGCCGUUCCAGUGGGGACUGCCCGACCUCGAUAGCCUGCGCACUUUCCUGGGAGAAUACCUGCACUGGCCCGUCACCAAGACGGACCAGUACCUCUUGCCCAUCAUCGAGAAGCAAAACCAGCGCAGCCGUGCGCGCGGCAACCAGAGCACGCUCGACCGCAACGGCUUCUUCGACACCACGGCCGGCCUCGGCGUCUAUGCCGGGCGCAAGAAGCCCACCUACGGCUCCAAUCGGCUGCAGGAGGUCGUCAACGGCUUCCGCGCCGCCAACAAGUCCAAGGUGGGCGGCGACGGUGCAAACGGCGGCACCGGCAAGCGUGCAGGCAAGGCUCGCGGUGGCCGUCGUCGACGCGCUGCGGCCGCCGGAUCCAGCGAUGACGACAGCGACUCUGCCUCGUCGUCCUCUGCCUCGUCGUCGGACGGCAUCGAGAUGGUCGAGGCCAACAUCCAGCCGCACGUCCCCGAGGAGCUUCUCGGCAAGGAGAUGGCCAAGCGCCGACCCGUGGUGCGUCGGGAUGAGGCGGCCUCGGCUUCCAAUGACGCGAAUCGGGUCGCUGAGCUCGACGCGGCCGUAGAGGCCUUGGAGGGACAACGACCCGGUGCCGAGACGACCUCCACGUCGGCGGCGAAGAAGAAGACGAGGAAAGCCGCCGCCGCACCAGCAGCAGCACCGGCAAAGGAGGCGGUUCGAGGUACGAAGCGCGGCAAGGGCAAGGCGAAGGCGGUCGAUGGACAAGAGGGCACUGAGCCUGGUCCGUCCGCAGCAGCAGCAGCGGAGAGCGGAGAAAGCAGUUCGAGCGCCGACGAGUGGCGGCCUGCGCCCAAACGCGGUCGUGAACGAGGUCGCGGCGGUCGAGGGGGCGGCAGCACCACUGCGUCCUCUUCUUCGGCGCGCAACACCGCCCCCGGUGCCGGUGCCGGUGCUGCGACCUCGACCGCAUCGGCACGGGGACGCGGACGUGGACGCGGUCGAGGGGCCCGGGCCAACCUGCGCGCCGCGAGAAACAUGAGCCUCGACGAUGUGCACCGCAUCCCCGAGUCGCGUAGCCCCAGCAUCCCUCCCGGCCAACAACUUAGCCGACGCAGCAGCUCCACCAGCAGCUCCGUGUCGACGCCGCUUCGUUGA